UUUUUUUUUUUUAUUCUUACCCAUGAAUUGUCUACGACGUUUGACUCCUCUUCUCUCACGAACAACAACAGCUCUUUGUCCAUUAUCUUCUGCAAUUGCUUCUCGCCCAGUGUUACUGACGACUGCUAAAACAUCGACAAAGUCUCUUUUGAACCGACAGUACCGACGCUGGACUUCUUCUUCUUCUUCUUCUCCUGUGCUUUCAACACGUUCUGAUGACGAAGCAGUUUAUAUUGAUUGGAAUGCAGCUUAUGCCAAUCAUAUUGGACUUUUCGACAAUAACAUUACCAGUAGUUACAGUCAUGUAUGGCUUCGUGACAAUUGUCCUUGCGAAGCUUGUGUUCAUCCUAGUAGUCGACAAAAGCUUCAUUCUAUGGCAGAUAUUGACUUGAAUACUACGCCUCGGUCGAUACAUUUGGAUACAUCGACAGAUACUUUGGUGAUUGAAUGGGAGCAACCUUUACGCCAUCAACAACAACAUGAAGGUGGUCAUAAGAGUCACUAUCCUUUGGCCUAUUUACGUCGAUAUGCCUCUCAACAAUCCAGUCAAGAAUUCCGAUUUGAAAACCUGAUACCACGUACAUGGGCUCGAGAUGAAUAUCAAUUGGAAUGGAUUUCACAUGAUGACUAUAUGACGACCGAGCAAGGAUUACAUCGUGUGGUAGAAAAACUGUACAAUGAUGGUUUAGUAUUCUUGGAAGGUGUACCAGCGGAUGAUCAUCAAAGUGUCACCCGAGUGGCGGAACGGAUUGGCAAUAUCCAAGAAACUUUUUAUGGUCGUGAUUUUGAUGUCAAAAAUGUCGCCAAAUCUGUCAAUAUUGCUUAUACAAGUCUUUAUCUAGGCUUUCAUAUGGAUUUGAUGUACCUGGAUUGUCCCCCUGGGAUUCAAUUAUUACAUUGUAUGAAGAAUAAUGUGACAGGUGGUGCAAGUAUAUUUUUGGAUUCUUAUCGUGCGGUAGAAUUACUGAAGCAACAAUAUCCUGAAUGUUAUGAUAUCCUUAGGAAAACACCUGUUAGUUUCCACUAUAUCAAUAAUGGUCAUCAUAUGUAUUAUCGACGACCUACCAUUGUGACAGAUGAAGGUUAUGGACUUGGAUCUAGCUGGAAUAUGCAUGUUAAUUACGCUCCUCAAUUUCAAGGUCCUAUGGAUGAAUUGACUCCCAAGGAAAUGAAAAGAUUCUAUCAAGCUUUUCAACGUUUUGCUGAUUUUAUUGAAGAUGAAUCUCUGCGAUAUCAAAUCACUCUUCAACCUGGUCAAUUAGUAUUGUUUGCUAAUCGACGUGUUUUACAUGGUCGUACGGCGUUUGACCCGGCAAGUGGAGAUCGUCAUUUGAAAGGGACUUAUCUGGCAUUGGAUUCUCUUAAGGACAAAGUACGUACAUUAGGUGCCAAAUACGGAAUGAACCCAGUAUAGAAAAGAAAUGGAUGAUUUAUUUUGAACUAUGAAAGUACUAGAGAAACACAGUUCGGUUUGAAGUUACACAUAUUACCAGUAUAUUGUAUUUAUCUUUCUCC